UGAAGCUUGGGCGCUCCUUCAGUCUGGAUGUAGAUGGCAGGACAAAGGGACUCCUGGACCAUGGGCGACGUGGUAGAGAAGAGUUUGGAAGAGCCCUUGGCACCUUCUACAAAUGAGCCCUCCCAGAAAAGGGGAGACCUGGUAGAAAUCUUAAAUGGGGAUAAGGUAAAAUUCGAUGACACGGGACUCUCCUUAAUUCUGCAGAAUGGCCUGGACACCCUCCGUGUGGAAAAUGCUCUGACAGAUGUCAUCUUGUGUGUGGACAUUCAGGAAUUCUCCUGCCACCGCGUGGUGCUUGCUGCAGCCAGCAACUAUUUCAGGGCCAUGUUCUGCAAUGAUUUGAAGGAAAAGUACGAGAAGAGGAUCAUCAUCAAAGGGGUUGAUGCUGAGACCAUGCACACUCUUCUGGACUACACAUACACCAGCAAGGCGCUGAUCACCAAGCAGAAUGUGCAACGGGUCCUGGAAGCUGCUAACCUCUUCCAGUUCCUGCGGAUGGUGGAUGCCUGUGCCAGCUUCCUAACAGAAGCCUUGAAUCCAGAAAACUGUGUGGGAAUACUAAGGCUGGCGGACACACACUCCUUGGACAGUCUGAAAAAGCAGGUUCAAAAUUACAUCAUUCAAAACUUUGUGCAAAUUCUGAACUCCGAAGAGUUCCUCGAACUUCCUGUGGACACUCUGUACCACAUCUUGAAGAGUGAUGACCUUUAUGUGACAGAAGAGGCUCAGGUGUUUGAGACUGUGAUGAGUUGGGUCCGGCACAAACAGUCAGAACGGCUCUGCUUGCUCCCCUAUGUACUUGAGAAUGUGCGCUUGCCACUUCUGGACCCAUGGUACUUCGUGGAGACAGUGGAGGCAGAUCCUCUUAUCAGGCAGUGCCCAGAGGUCUUCCCACUGCUUCAGGAAGCCAGGAUGUAUCACCUUUCAGGCAAUGAGAUCAUUUCGGAGCGCACCAAGCCCAGGAUGCAUGAGUUUCAGUCUGAGGUAUUCAUGAUCAUUGGCGGCUGCACGAAGGAUGAACGGUUUGUGGCGGAGGUAACCUGCCUGGACCCCCUGAGGCGCAGCCGCCUGGAGGUGGCCAAGCUCCCCUUGACGGAGCAUGAGCUGGAGAGUGAGAAUAAGAAGUGGGUGGAGUUUGCAUGCGUGACAUUAAAAAAUGAGGUCUACAUCUCAGGUGGCAAAGAAACACAGCACGAUGUUUGGAAAUAUAAUUCUUCAAUCAACAAAUGGAUUCAAAUUGAGUAUUUGAACAUUGGCCGCUGGAGGCAUAAGAUGGUGGUGUUAGGUGGCAAGGUCUACGUGAUUGGAGGUUUUGAUGGCUUGCAGAGGAUCAACAAUGUGGAGACCUAUGAUCCCUUCCAUAACUGUUGGUCAGAGGCAGCGCCCCUUCUUGUCCACGUCAGUUCCUUCGCAGCCACCAGCCAUAAGAAGAAGCUCUAUGUGAUUGGGGGCGGGCCCAAUGGGAAACUGGCCACAGACAAGACUCAGUGUUAUGACCCUUCAACCAAUAAAUGGAAUUUAAAGUCAUCCAUGCCAGUGGAGGCUAAAUGCAUCAAUGCAGUCAGUUUCCGGGAUCGCAUCUAUGUUGUUGGAGGGGCCAUGAGAGCACUAUACGCCUACAGCCCUCUGGAGGACAGCUGGUGCCUGGUGACCCAGCUCAGCCAUGAGAGGGCCAGCUGUGGCAUCGCGCCCUGCAACAACCGACUCUACAUCACUGGGGGGCGGGAUGAGAAGAACGAGGUCAUCGCCACCGUGCUAUGUUGGGACCCCGAGGCCCAGAAACUGACGGAGGAGUGUGUUCUGCCCCGGGGGGUGUCACACCAUGGCAGUGUCACCAUCAGGAAAUCUUACACCCAUAUCCGGAGGAUCGUGCCUGGAGCAGUGUCGGUGUGACUGUGGGAGGGCGCAGGACGGGAGCCCCUGGUACUCUAGACUGGAUGCCAGGAGACCUCCCUCCUCACCUGUUGCCCAAGUUCAUCCCACUAAAGACAGUAGACUGGGCUUGAGCUACAGGCCGUUCACGUGGGCUCCCUGCAGCUCCCCGUGGGGGUUCCUUGGAAGUCACAGCUUUGGGAUACUUGAGACCAGCCAGGAAUGUUUGCAUGACCUACCUCAGGAGGAAAGAAGAAUAUUUAACAUUCAGGACACACCUGUUCUGUGCCAGGUUCUGUGCCAGGCACUUCUGUAUAUCAGUUCAUUUAACCAUUGUAACAACCUGGUGACCAGAUAUUAUAAUGUCUGUGUUAUAGGUGAGGAAACUGUGCUUCAGAAAGACUUAGUGCUUUGCCCCUGGUCAUUCAGUUUGUAAGUAGCUAAGCCAGGAGUGUAAACUGAGGUCUUUGCAUUGCAAGUCAGUCCUGUUCUGUCAUGCUAUCUCCAAGUAGGAAACAAAAACUGGCUCAUUUUUUUGUUCUGACAAGUUUGCUAAAGGAUUCACUCAGCAAGGCGGGGAAAUAAAGUUCUUUUUUUUCUUUUCUUUUUUCCUUACAUUUAAACCAUAUGGAAUCCCUAGUGUUAGAGCCUUUGGCUCCUUGUCAAGAGUGUCUCAUAUAUUGUUCCAUCUGACAGGACUGGGAAAUGGGUCUGGGAGGACCUAUGUGCUUUGAAAGAGAUAAAAGGUGUUCCCCCAUCAAAACCUCUAUUUCUUAUGAUCACGGAGGUACAUUUCAGACUAGAACUGUCAUUGUCAGAUGAAAUUGUACUUUCAGCACAAACCAGUGCACUGGCCUUUUCAUGGCCAACAACUGUAUUGCAAUAUAGAAAGGGUUUUCCAGAGACUCAGGAUGAUUGAGAUAUAUAUCAAUAAAUAAAUGUAAACAUCCCUCCACUGCUGGCCACUGCAGGAAUGACUGACUCUUCUUGACUGUAUACUUACUACUUUUUUAGACUGUGAUUUGAGUCUGUGUCCCUGAGGCCCCACCUCCCUGGAACCUUGUUUUCAGGAUCUUUUUAAGCCCUUCUUUUUGGUUUUUGGAUCAGUCUGGCACUAUUUUGACUCAAAGAAUAGGGUCUGUCCUUCACUCUAAGAGGUAGAGCUCUCAAAUGAGCUCAUUGGAAAUUCAUUCUAAUCCCCAAAUUGGGGAAAAGAUUAAGAGAUCCUGUUUCAUAUGCUGUACUUAAAAAACAACAACAAUGGUAACAACAUAGUAACUGCAUUACUCAGUGUUUUAUUUUCAUCAUAUGAUUUCAAAUCUCUUUACAGAGUUUUAUUUCAGGUUAGAUGUGGCAGAUUGUGCUUGUAUUCUGAGUAGUUUGGGAAGUUAGAGGUAUUAGAGUUGAUAGUGAGUUGAAUUUUCAUAGAAACGUUAUGAUUAGAAGAAACUAAAGUUCAAAGUUGAUUUUUUAAAAAAGACUUGGAACAUUACAAAUGAGAUUUAUAUGUAUACGUAGGUCAUUGAGGAUAAAUAUAAACACGUAAGUCUGUGAAAAGCUCUGUGCCUGAGCGUCUGGUUAGGUUGAGCUCCCUGCUCUGAAGAGUAGGAUGGGAAAAUAUGAACAUAUUUGUGGAAAUUUAGAACACAUUACAGUAAGUAGUGUACUCAUGAGCACUAAUAACCUUAAUGAAGCUUUCAACAGAAACAAUUUAAUCUAGUUCCAUUUAGCAAACAUUCAAGGAGUUCUGUUUGUCAAGCUUUGGGAACACCCAUGAGAAACACAAACCCCCCCUCCCAACACUCAAUAAACUGGUAAACAAGCCUCUAGUCAACAUUUUAAUUUUUCUUUUCAUCAAGUUAGAGAAAAAUGAAAUAUAUGUGAAGUUAUGAGAUUACAUCCAUGUCUUUAUUGCCCUUCCAAUGGUCAUCUUGGAAAGCUGUGCUCUUGGGUCAAUGAUGUGGCCAUUGCUUACAUACUUGACUUUCUUUGAGAUCACCUUCAGAAACCAUGUAUGAGCUAUAGGAGGAAACAUUUACAAAGACAAUUUCAGGGAAGAACUUCCAAAAAGAUAACAAAUGACAAAAUCAAUGACAUGUGUAGAGAGCUUCCCUUGGAAAAAGAAUGUUCCUUGUCUUGGCAGUCCUUUGAUAAGAGCAAUCAGCAAAUUUUGUACCCUCAGUGGACAAGCCCUACUCUGGGAAAAUGAGGAUUUAAGAUCUCUGUGUUAUAAAUCUGGUUGUAACUGCAGGACCCAAGUUUCAGGACUAGUUCAGAAUAUCUAAAUGAAGGCAAGAGAAGGAUUCUGUGUGAUUCUUAUUUCACCAGAUAGGCAGUUAAAUUGUAGAAUCUCAGAUGCCUGGCCCUCAAGAAAUAGAAAUUCUCAAUAAUGGCAUGGGUUGGCAGACAGUUUACACCUGUUAAAACACAGAGUUCUGCACUUAAAGCUGCCAGUCACCAGCUUUGAGGGAAAGAAAACAGUCCAAGUAAUUUGGGGGAACAUUAUAAGCAUUUCAGGAUUUAAGCUUCUAGGCACUAGCCAGGGAGGGAAGCUCUUAAAAUCUAGUUUCCAUUAAUAGAUAAAUAAUCAAAAUUUUAGUUUGUGUAGCUGUCAUAACCAAUACCACCUGCAGGGGGAUGAGGCAGAUAGGUGCAGGAGCAGCCAGAGGCAAAGGGCCCUGGGCUGAGGGUGGGGCAUGUGAGACAUCCUGGCACUGCAGACUGGAUUUUGAAGCAGGUCCUGUGAAGGCUGAGAACACCUGAACAUCAAUAGAUAAUGUUCUCUUCUUAGCCUUCACCACAGUCUGCAAUCUGUGGCUUCAGGAAACACACACACACACUUGCAUACUGCCCUUGAACUCAAACUAUGCCCUCAGGGAAAUACAGAUAUCAUUUGCUUAUAGCUGUGAAAGUAUAGGUUUGCUAUUUAUAAAAGCACUUGAGGUACUGUUAUUUACAUAUCCUACUUGAUUUUGAAUAAGUACUCAGAAUUUUUCAAGUGUGUAUCUUAUAUAAGGUCCUAACUUGGGGUUGCAAAAUCACUUUUCCCUUAAUAUCUAAUUUGAGUGUUGUAUUAGAUCUCAUAGUCUGAAGAGUCAACCUUCAUGGAAAUCCACAAAUAUCUCAAAUAUGGCUCUUGCAAAACCAUCUUGACAGGCCGAAUUUUCA